AUGCUUAACAUUUGGAGUGCCAUUGCGGUGCCUGCCUCAUUUCCUGUCUGGGCUAUACGAGUGCUUGCCGUGUUACUGAUUGUGUUCACACUCGGCAGCAUUAGAUUUAUUCCGGCCAACCUCCCACGAAAGACUAGGACCCUUCGCUCUCAAUCUGGAAAACUUGGAAAGUUUUUCUAUGCCAGCUUCCUCAAGCCUCACAGCAGCGAUGUCGUCACCACUACUCAACAAAACGCACUCGAAAGUUUCUACAAGAGCCAGGCAGAUGCAUAUGAUGCUACACGGAGAAUCCUCCUCCGAGGAAGAGAGGACAUGCUCGGCUUAGUGGCAGCGCAAUUGAAAUACAAGGAAGAGCGAGGGCAAUUCUCGGCGCUGAGACCAAUAUGGGUAGACAUGGGGGGUGGUACAGGCUACAACAUCGAAGCGAUGCAGCAAUACCUCGAUGUCCCGACAUUCUUCGCCAAGGUGAUCCUUGUCGAUCUGUCCCCCUCGCUGCUUGAGGUCGCACGAAGGAGGUUCGCCCGUUUGGGCUGGGACGUUGAGAUUGUCUGUGAAGACGCUCGGUCGUUCCAAAUGCUGGAUCACAUGCACAGCGUCGACACAAAGUAUGAUCAUAUCGGAGCGGACCUUGUUACCAUGUCCUACAGUCUCAGCAUGAUCCCUGAUUACUACAACGUUCUAGAUUCGACGGUGACAUUACUCUCGCCUGAAGGCAUCAUUGGCGUGGUUGACUUCUAUGUGCAAAGCGUGGUGGAACGCGACCUGUACUCUCCAACCGAACCUACCUCUAGCUACGCGUACAAGAUCAUCGAGACCGUAGACGCCUCGUGUUCACAGUCGCCUCCCUCUUCUCCAGAACUCACAGGACGAUCCAUAGUACCUUGUCAGAAAAAGCUCACGGCAAUCGAUGCAAAAAGUAAAGCCGGCCGAGAUGCUAUCAUCAACUUAGGCUCGAAUCUCCCACUACCAUCACUCUUCUAUCAAAAUAGCCACCGCAGGCUUUGUUACGACGACCACCUUGACAAGCAUACACGAUUCAAAAAUGAGUAUAUAUACACCUUCACAUGGGAGGAUCCUCGGGUAGAUCAUCGAUUGCUGAAGAUGAAGAGUACAGAUGCCGUCUUAUGCAUUGCGUCGGCGGGCGAUAACGUGCUGGACUACAUCCUAGAAGCGAAUCCAGCUCGUAUUCACGCUGUUGAUAUGAAUCCCAACCAGAAUCAUCUGCUUGAGCUAAAGAUUGCAGCGGCACAAACUUUACCCUACGCACAAUACUGGAAGAUGUUUGGAGAGGGCAAAUUAUCUGGCUUUCGCGAUAUAUUGAUUGAGAAGUUGAGUCCACAAAUGAGCUCUCAGGCCUGCCAAUAUUGGCUCAACCACUCCAACACUUUCGACCGCUCGCACGGACUCUAUGAGACUGGCGGCUCCAGGCAUGCUAUUAUACUAAUACGACGGCUAUUCAAACUCCUGCGACUCACCAAAGACGUCCGAAAUAUGUGCAACGUCAAGACCCUCAACGAGCAACGAGAACUCUGGCCCAAGAUUCGCCGAGUCCUGCUCAGCAAACCUCUGCACUGGGCGGUCAUCGGAACCGAAUGGUUUGCAUGGAAGGCCGCCGGUGUGCCACAAGCCCAGCAUCGAAUGAUCCUCCAAGACCACCAAGAUCUUGGCGAGGCAUCACCCGGCGGUGAGGCCAUUUGGGAAUAUAUCGUCAACACCCUGGACCCCGUCGUGCAGAAUACGCUACUCAGCAGUGACAAUUACUUCUAUCUUUUAUGCUUACAGGGACGAUACACUCAACGGUGCCACCCUAAUUACCUUUCCGUCAGGGCACACGCCAAGCUUUCCCGGCCUGGGGCAUUCGACGGGCUCCGCAUUCACACUGAUGAGCUACGAGAGGUGAUCUCGCGCAUCGAACCUGGUACCCUUAGUCAUGCCGUGGUAAGCAGCUUGCCAUUCCCACUUCCCGAUCCUCCACCUUCCUAUUGA